AUGGAAUCCAACAAGGAAAUCAGCCAAUUAUUAAAGAAGAGGGCUAUGCGAAAUUGCCGCAAGAAGCGCAGGAGACAAGAACGGGCCUUCACCAAACGUCUGGCGGCUGAGGAGGUUGUUGCGCAGAAGAUAAAGGACAGCGUAAAAGUACAAAAAGAAUUAGCUGAGAAAUAUUAUUCUAAAUGGAAAAUUAUUUCUAAAGAGGCCAAAGACUUGAGAAGAAAGGUUUCAUUAGAUACAGCAGUAAGUGGUAAUGCUUUAUUAUCCAAAAAUAUUUCUGCUUCUGUCAAACAAAUAAGCCCCAGUGAGUUGUCACCUGUGGAAAAAGGUAACUCUAGUCCUAUUCCUGUUGGAACUGGAACUUAUGGAGAGUGUGUGGUAAAACAAAUGAAGAGAUUUGGGAUAAUGGUUAUCGAGAAGAAGCUGCCCACAUCUGAUUUGAGAGCAGUUCUAAAUGAAGCACAGUGUAUGAAUGCACUGACUCAUUCAUCUAUCCCACAUUUAUUGGGUGUCCAAAUAGAAGAAAAGCCAUUUUCUUUAAUUAUGGAGUAUCUUGGUGAGGGUAUGGAGUCUGUUACAGUUCACAAGCUGUUACACCAAACCCUGACAAAAAAUAUGUUUCUCUCUCACAAUGAAUGGAUUUCAGUUUUACUUGACAUCACUGAAGCUCUCUUUCAUGUCCAUACUAAAGGUUUUUUGCACUGUGAUGUCAAGUCUAACAAUGUUCUUGUCUCAGGAAAGAAGGGGUUUUUGAUAGACUUUGGCAAAGCUUGCCCUCUUUCUAGACAAAAAGCUCGAAAAUACAGCUCUUUUUACAACCAUAUUGCCACAGAGGUCUUGCGAGGUUUCCCAGUUAGUACAUCAAGUGAUGUUUUUUCCCUUGGGGUAAUCAUACAUAGUGUUGGAAAAAAACUACCAAGUGCGUGCCUGGAAUCCUUGGGGAAGCAUUGUAAAAAUAGCAAGACAGCAAUGAGGCCAUCUGUACCAGAUUUGUUAAAGGUCUUGAGGGAGAACUUGCAGUAA